AUGGUUUGCCUAAAAACUGCAAUUGUUCUCGCGGUCUUGGCUUCUGCUGUCAAAGCUGCUGAAGAAGAAAAAACGAAUACAAUGAAAAUAUUUGUCCACUGUUCACCAACAAAUGUCAAUGUAAAAUACACACCAGAAGCGAAUAUAGCUGGUAAAUUUUAUUUUGAAAACUCUACAGAUCCGACGUGUCAAAAAGAAUUUUCAAAAGGAGCUGAAGAAACGUUAAUGGUGGAUUAUGAAACUUGUGUUCCGGACGAGAGUAAAAACUUUAGCAUUAUUGUCGAGUACGUUAAUGAAGCAAAUGAAACUAAAAAAUCCCGUGGGUCUGGUAAGUAGUUGUCAACCGAUACCUGUUGAGAUUUCUAUAUUUCUAAAAGUCAAAGUAGAGUGUCAGUAG